AUGGCAGCACUUGACUGUUCACAAACCAAAAUAGUGGAUGAAGAGAAAAAUGGGAACAAGCAAGAAUUUAACUUUGAAAAAGCUCGUCUGGAAGUGCACAAGUUUGGCAUCACCGGCUACAAGAAGCAGGAACAACGUCUGUGGGAGCAGGAGCGUGCGAUCAUGCUGGGAGCUAAGCCCCCCAAAAAGGAACAUGUAAACUACAGGACUUACCAAGAGAAAAUGAAAGAGAAAAAAAUGGCGAAGGAUGAUGAUAAGGGAAAGGAACAUAAAGGUGGUUCUCUUAAGAAGAAGAAGAAAGAACAGAAGGAGAGGAAGGCCAAAAGGAAGAAAUCAGUGCCUAGCAUUUGGCCUGCAGGACAAGUUGGAAAAUUCAGAGAUGGAACUUUGAUUCUGCAAAGCUAUGACAUAAAGAAAAUUAAAUCAUCUAAAGUUAUCAAAUGA